CACCUGCAAUUUAGUGUACGGUUUUACCCUUCACUGCUGUUAUCUAAAUACCCUUGGAGCAUCCGUGGUUGCCUAUUUUACUAAGGUCAUAGUCGUCAUUUUACGAAAUUUAAAGCUCAAACCCCUUUCUCCUCCACCGCCAAUCCCAAAACUCCGAAACAUGAACUACUCGCAGAGACUAAUCGCGGCGGCGAAAUACGUCUACGCCGGAGAAUUACGGGCCGCAGGGGCAAAUAUAAACCCCGACGACCUCCAGAUCAACGCCACUCUUAAGCCUCACCAAUUAGAAGGCAUCUCGUGGCUCAUCCGACGGUUCCACCUCGGGGUCAACGUCGUUCUCGGAGAUGAGAUGGGACUGGGGAAGACUUUGCAAGCCAUCUCUCUUCUAAGUUAUCUAAAAGUAUGUCAAAGGACUCCUGGACCAUUUUUGGUAUUAUGUCCUUUAAGUGUGAUUGGUGGCUGGGUGUCUGAGGUAGCAAAUUUUGCUCCAAAAUUGAGACUACUUCGUUAUGUUGGAGAUAAAGAACAUCGACGUAAUUUGCGCAGGGACAUGUACGAGAAUGUAAAAGAGCAGUCAUUACCAUCGGAUACACUGAAAUUGCCAUUCGAUGUGCUGUUGACUACCUAUGACAUAGCAUUGCUCGAUCAGGAUUUCCUGUCCCAAUUCCCAUGGCAUUAUGUAGUAAUUGAUGAAGCACAAAGACUCAAAAAUCCUUCCAGUGUUUUAUAUACUGUUUUAAGAGAACCGUUUGUCAUGCCAAGAAAAUUACUGCUGACUGGUACACCCAUUCAGAACAAUCUUACUGAACUUUGGGCAUUGAUGCAUUUCUGUUUGCCUUCAAUCUUCGGAAAACUGGAGCAAUUUCUUUCUGCCUUCAAGGAAGCUGGAGAGCCUUCAACAGGACACGAUGCAGCAAAGACGAAGGAGCAAUUCAAGAUUUUGAAGUACGUACUGGGAGCAUUCAUGCUUCGAAGAACCAAGUAUAAGCUAGUUGAGUCUGGAACUCUUUCGCUGCCACCUCUUACUGAGAUAACUAUGAUGGCCCCUUUAGUGCCCCUGCAGAAGAAGGUUUAUGUAUCAAUCCUUAGGAAGGAACUUCCAAAGCUGCUCGCACUUGCUUCUGGAGCUUCAAAUGCCCAGUCAUUGCACAAUGUUGUAAUUCAGCUGCGGAAAACAUGUAGUCACCCAUAUCUUUUCCCUGGCAUUGAGCCUGAACCAUAUCAGGAGGGUGAGCACCUGGUUCAGAAUUUAUUAUCCAUUGCCAAUAUGAUCUGUGCAUUCCCAACAAAUUAUGAAAAACAUUUUUGUACUUUGCAGGUUAUAUUUUAUGAGCAAGAUUGGAAUCCGCAGGUAGACAAGCAGGCUCUGCAACGCACACACCGAAUUGGUCAAACAAAUCAUGUUUUAUCUAUAAAUUUAGUUACAGGGCGGACAAUAGAAGAGGUUAUUAUGCGUAGAGCAGAAAGGAAAUUGCAGCUUAGUUAUAACGUUGUGGGAGAGGAUAAUUUAGAUAAUGAGGGAAAGGACAUUGCUGGAACUGAAGCUGGUGAUUUGCGAUCUGCUAUAUUCGGGUUACAUAUGUUUGACCCUACUGAGAUGAGCACCAAAGAAUUGGGUCAAGUAAAUAAAAGUGGAUUGAUUGCUCUGGCUGAAAAGAUAACUGCAAUCCGCCAUGAGCCACAAGCUGAUAUAUAUGAUAAAAAGUUUGAGAUCAAUCACGUGGAUGUGCUGGGUGGUGGUGAUCUAGUCAUGAAAGAGGAUUCAGAGUCUGUCGAUUUUGAUCCUGGUCUUGACGAGGCUGCAUAUUUGUCAUGGGUCGAGAAGUUCAAGCAAGCAUCACUAUCAAAUGAGAGUACUAUGUUAGAUUUGGGAAAUAGGAGAGGCAUUCCUGAUGAUAAGCAUCUCAAAGCUGAAGCUGCUAAGAAGAAGGCGGAGGAGAAAAAACUAUCCAAAUGGGAAGCUCUUGGUUAUCAUUCAUUGUCUAUAUGUAGUCCUGUGCAACCUUCGGUUCCCACAGAUCAGGAUUUCUCAGAUUCUAGUUCUGUUAAUUUUGUUUAUGGAGACUGCACACAACCAUCAAGAGUUUGUCCUUCAGAGCCUACAAUUAUAUUUAGCUGUGUUGAUGAUUCUGGAAUUUGGGGUCAUGGGGGUAUGUUUGAUGCACUAGCAAAACUCUCGGCCAAUGUUCCAAAUGCAUACCAGCGAGCUUCUGAAUUUGGGGAUCUUCAUCUAGGUGAUGUGCAUCUAAUAGAUAUUACAGAUGAUAGCAGUAGUGAGAGCAAUGCUCGUCAAUGGGUGGCUUUGUCUGUUGUACAGUCAUACAAUGCCAGGCGCAAAAUCCCACGAAGUAAAAUCUCUAUUUCCGAUUUAGAAGUUUGCAUUGCAAAAGCUUCAUUUUCAGCUGCUCAAAAUUCUGCUUCAAUCCACAUGCCACGGAUUGGUUAUCAGGAUGGCUCAGAUCGUUCAGAAUGGUAUACCGUCGAACGUCUUCUACGGAAACAUGCUUCUUUAUAUGGGAUAAAUAUUUACGUGUAUUAUUUCCGACGUGCCACAUGAGCAGACAAGGAUUAUAAGCGUCUGUUGAAUAUAUGACGAGUUGACAUGUCCUGUCAACUGCACAUCGGAUGAGGUGUCGCUUUACCAUUUCAGUUUUAGCUUAGGUAGCCUUAUUUCUAGUUUUUUUGGAAGGGAGAAUGGUGUUUAGGAUGCAAUUUCUGCAUUUCGUUUUUGUAAUGUAAUGUAUAUCCUGAUUCCUAUCACUUAAGGAUGCUAAAAUGGAUUCUGUUCCUAGCUCUGGGAUGGGACUGUUUCCAAGGUUUGUUCAAAGCUUGAUCGUAUGUUCAAUCUCGUUAGCAUGUAAAACUCUGAAGACAUUUUUUUUUUUUUUUUUGGUGUACUAGUUGGACGGUACUUUGUAUAUUACUUGAUUUUAGUUACAGAAUUAGAGCCAAGCCAACAUGCAGUUCAUGAAACUUGAUUAUGUCCCAAACACCGGGUAAAUCCUUAACCCUUCCACCAUGUACAAGGAUCCUUGUUAAGCAUCCAUGGCUGAAUGGUUAAAGCGCCCAAUUAAAAUCAGGAGUUGGGUUAAAUGUACUGUGUCACCAAACUUUGAGUGGAAGAGCAUACUGGUCACUCAUUUUGAAUUUGGUGCAAUCAAAUCAUUCAACUUCAAAUUA